GUCGAGAUGCAAACCUCCAAACUUGCAGAAGCAGACGCAAAGAUGACCUUUCCUUCCCCAUCACAAACUGAGGUUCACAUCCAGUCUUCGUAUUUUGAAGUACCAGAGUUGGAGGAUGAGAUGCCCACAACCCCAAUCAAAGAGAAGCCCCUCCCCCUAACACUGAUGGAGGCCCAGGUGCAAACUUCGUAUGUAGACAUACCAGCAGGGAAUAAGUGGCGUUCAUCACGACUACAAGUGGAAGCCCAGGUGCAAACCUCCAGGCUUGAACUGCCAGAGGCAAAAGAGAAGGCUCCUUCCCUAUCCCAAACACAGGCUGAGAUGCAAACCACCAGGGUUGAAAUAACAGAAGAGAAAGCAGCACCUCUGACUCCUCCAGAUGUUAAAAUAUUAGAAGAGGAGAUGCUGAAGGAGGAGGUAGAGCUGAAGCUUCCAUGCCCUGAAUAUACCGAGGCCCAGGUGCAGACCUCACUUGUUGAAAUACCUGUGGGGCAGAAGUGGCGUUCAUCCCGUUUAUGUACCGAGGCCCAGGUGCAAACUUCAUAUCAAGAACUCCCAGUUGUGAAGAGCAAGACUUUGCCCCCACAAGGUACUGGGGUGGUAAAGAAGGUCACUGAGCAUGCAGCAUCAAAGAAACUAGCAAAAACCUCGACACGAGCAACACCAAUAUCUGUGCACUUACAUGUAAAGAUGACUCCACGGCGCCGGAAUGGGAAUAAAAAGAACUAGUAAAAACUUGAAUUUAAACAAAUAAAACCUUGUAAAAUAACAAACUUAACC